AAAAAAAAAAAAACUCUCACUGUUAUCAACCUCACGCUGCCGUCUCCAUCCCCAAACUGCCGCACUUCAAACCCAGAAAAGAAAAGCCAAUCUCCCAUCCCACCACCAAAAUCUCCAAAUUUCGGCGAACAGAUAACUCUGCAAAAUCCUCUCCCAAAUUCCAAUGAAACCGAUGGCGAACUCGAGCGCGACUUCGAAGUCUUCACCUCCCUUUUCCUCUUCGCGUUCUCCAUGGUUUCUUCUUUGAACGCUGGAAUGUCUGCAACUGCAAGCGAUUUCAACUAGGAUUUGCAGCAAUCCGUUCAUCAUUUUCAGGAGUUGGGAUUCUAUCAAUUCCAUUUGCACUUUCUGAAGGAGGGUGGCUGAGCUUGAUCCUUCUUUUCCAGUUGGCGCUUCUUUGUUGGUAUACCGGGUUGCUUCUACAACGAUGCAUGGACGGGAAUCCGCGGAUCAAGAGUUAUCCCGAUAUUGGAGAAGUUGCUUAUGGACAGAAAGGAAGACUCACCAUCUCCAUUUUUAUGUACCUUGAGCUGUAUUUGGUAGCUGUUGAGUUUCUAAUACUAGAAGGUGACAACUUAAACCAGUUGUUCCCAAGCAUGGGGUUCAACAUGGCAGGCUUCAAAGUUGGAGGCAAACAAUGCUUUGUUUUGCUCACUGCCCUUGUAACUCUGCCAACUACAUGGCUGAAGAAUCUGGGAUUGUUGGCGUAUGUUUCUGCCGGAGGGGUUUUUGCUUCUCUUCUUUUGGUUGCUUUCGUGUUUUGGGUUGGCACAGUUGAUGGUGUAGGGUUUCAUGAAGGAGAUGUUCUUCUGAAUUUCAAAGGAUUGCCUACUGCUGUGAGCUUGUACCUGUUUUGCUAUUGUGGCCAUGCAGUUUUCCCCACAUUGUGCAAUUCCAUGAAAGAUAGAAGCAAAUUCUCCAAGGUGUUACUUUUCUGCUUCGUUGUAAGCACCAUCACCUACGGAUCAAUGGCGGUUUUGGGUUACUUGAUGUUCGGACAAGACUUGAAGUCUCAAGUCACAUUAAAUCUUCCAAUACGAAAAAUUAGUUCAAGGAUAGCAAUUUACAUUACUAUAAUUAAUCCCCUCACAAAGUAUGCAAUUAUAAUCACUCCAAUUGCUGCUGCUAUUGAGGAUACACGCCCUUUUCGCAACAGCCUAACUAUUAGCAUCUUCGUGCGAACCUUAAUUGUAAUUAGCACCGUAAUUGUGGCAUUAUCCAUUCCUUUUUUUAGCUACCUAAUGGCUUUUGUCGGCGCAUCUUUGAGCGUGACGGUCUCAGUCUUGCUGCCGUGCUUGUUCUACCUUAAGAUUAACGUUGCUGCUCGGAGAUUUGGGUUCGAGUUGGUGGUAAUUGUUGGGAUUAUGGUUAUAGGGUCGUUUGUUGGCGUAGUGGGUACGUACACUUCUGUGAUACAAAUUGUAAGACAAUUCUGAAAUCAUAUAUUGGAGCAUUUUAAUUAGU